UAUUAUCUCCACAAAAUCAGUUUCGCUCCAUUUUUCCUGCCUAAGCAUCUAAAUAAUAAUAACUAGAACAAUGUGCCCCAAAAUCUCCGUUCUGUCUUUUCUGGUCCUAGCUGGCUGUGCAUUGGCAGCACCCAAACCGUUUGAUUUGGAUGAAGUUGGAAGAAAGUUACAAGAUUUUGGACAAAAGGCACUUCCAGCUGUUAGAGGAGUGUGUGGAUUUAUAAAUGGUUACCAAGGAUACCCUCAGGGAUACCCCCAGGGAUACUUUCAAGGAUAUCCCCAAGGAUACCCUCAAGGAUAUCCUCAAGGAUAUCCACAGGGUUACCCUCAAGGCUAUCCCCGAGGACACCCUCAACCAAACUUCCAAGUCCAGGGAUACUACCCCCAGGUGUCAAACCCAAUUCCAAGGAAAUUCAAUCAGCAAUCUCCCUCGGAAGAUCCUUCCGAACAAGAGGAUUUGAGCAAAUUUGAUUUUGCAGACAGCGUGAAUAUCCCCCCUCCACAAAUUCAGGAUAUCUUGAAGAAUUUUGACAAAUUGCCGACGUUAAAUACGCAAAAUUUCAGAAAGGUUGAAAAUAAUGUUUUAUAAGUUACAGAAUACGACACAGAAUUCUAUAUUAGAAUUAAUUUUUGUAUACAAUAUGUACGGGUAUGAUCUCUAAUUCUAAAAAUAAAAUAAAAUAUAAUGGUAUCUUGA